CCGGCGGCCGCUGCCUCUGCAGCCUCGACGCGGGGCCCGGGAAGCCGAGCCGGAGGCGGGGAGGCGGGGAGGCGGGGGCCGGGCGGCGGCGCCCCCAUGGAGCCCAACGUGCGCUUCCGGAUCGCCGAGCGUCAAUCUUUUAUUCAGAGAUUUCUUCAGUGGACAGAAUUGUUGGAUCCUACAAAUUUGGUCAUUUCAGUUGAAAAAAUAGAAAAAUCAAGGCAACUAUUGUUAACAAAUGAAGAUGCAUCCAUCCGUGACUUGGAGGACCCAAGGAUAAAAGAAGCCUGGAAGAGAAGUCUCUCAACAGUGCAUCCUGACAGCAGCAAACUGAUCCCUGUUCUCUUUCGACCUGCAGCUCUCCUACCGUUCACAGCACCCAUGAUAUUUUUCUCCAUGCUGUCAGUAAAAAGUCUGAAGUCCCUGAUUUUACCUCAGGUUUCCUUCUAUACCUACACUACAGCGUUCAACAUUGUCAAUGGAAACGCAAGUUAUAAUCGUCACCUAUACGAGAGUCUACUGCUAGGGACAGGAGUGAUUGCCUCUUCAUCCUUUUUUGGACUAUUCCCCCGUCUGCUCCAGCUGCGGCUGAAUAACGCUUUGUUGAAAAGAGCCCUUCCCAUCAUCUUUCUCACCCACAUCAGUGCAGUGAAUGUUGUUGCAGUCCGAAGUCUUGAGCCCAUUCGAGGGAUUGAAGUCAUGGACAAGGAAGGCCAUGUCAUGGGCUAUUCCAGAAAAGCCGGGACAAAGGCCGUUAGAGAUACAGCAUCAUCCAGGGUAGUGCUGUAUGGGACCUCAGCUUUUAUUCCUGAAGUCUUCUCACACUAUUUUGUAAGGACCCAGUUCUUCCGGCAACAUCCAUGGUCAUUGUGGACCUUCAAGCUGGCCUGUACUGUUUUAGUAAUGGGAUUGAUGGUGCCAGUUUCUUUUAGUAUAUUCCCACAAAUUGAACGGAUACAGUGCAGUGAGCUUGAGAAGGAAAUUCAGUCUGCGACAGAAGACACAGAGCUCUUCUAUCACAGAGGGGUAUAGGGAUGCGUGCUCGGUGAGUUUGUUUGGUUCCUGCUUGAACACCUUCCUCUCUGCUUGAGGUGUCGGUUCCGAGAAGCCGGCCGGAGGUCUGGAACCGAGGCAUCUGCGCCCACAGGCUGGCUUACAGUUGCACAGGCCACAACCGUUUCAAGGCCGGGUGGAAGGAGAGAAGAGAACGGAGACGCUGUCCUGCGUGACCCGCCCCCGCGGGACUGCCCGGGGGAGGGCUGAUGUCUGGGUGUUCUUCGGCCUCUGAAGGAUACUGUGAAAUGACUAAUAAACUUGGCGAAGAGAGUUGAA